AUGUUUAAAGGUCCCAUCACAGUGUCACUAACAGGACCAGACAGCAGUGUUACAUAUGGAUCAUCCAUAAAUUUCACGGCAACAAUUAUAACUGGAGCAAGUCUGACUGCAGUAGCUUGGCAGAAGGUGGGGUCUGGUGAAAGUCUCUCAAACAUAACCGUAAACUCUACAAAGUACACACAGACAGGUGACCUGGGGUCUGGUACAGUAGUACUUACCAUCAACAACCUCAAUUAUAGUGAUGAAGUCAGUUAUCAGGUUCAGGUUACCAACAGUCUAGGGAGGACUGAUUCCAGUAACCCAGUGUCAGUGGACGUGGCUGGAGGUCCACCCAGUGUCUUUGUAUCAGGGCCUACCCAAUCUGAUGGGAGUGUAACCAUUGGAUGUACUGCUACUGUCACAACUGAUUCUCCAGGCAUCACAGCUAUAAAGUGGACAAUAAAUGAAACUGAGAUAAACAUAACUAACUCAGAUGGUAAAUACUCUGGAGGAAAUGUAACCAUUCCAGCUCUGACCAUCAAUUCAGUAGACAGCAGUGACGCAGGAGUUUAUCUUUGUGUGGCCACUAAUCCUGCAGGAUCCACUACAAGUGACAAUAAUGUGACUCUGGCUCCUCCCUCUGAUCUCAAGGUCACAGGUACCCUAUCUGUUGUUCAUAAUUCCACGGCAACAUUCAGUGGCUCCUACACGUCAGUGCUGCCAUCGGUGAACAUCACAUGGCAGAAACAAGGGACAAAUAACUAUGACAAUAUUGACAUUGGUUCACCAGAUGGUAAAUAUACAGGGAGUAGCAUUACUGGACCAAGUCCUAAACUAGUGAUCAACUAUGUAAAAUUUAGUGAUGGGACAUCGUAUAGGAUGGUGGUCAGUAAUGGAGUGGGAUCUACCAACAGUGACCCAUUCAAACUGGAAGUAACAGGAGCCAAACCAAUAAUAAACAUCUUCCCACUCACCCCAACUGUCUAUGGACAGUCAGCAACAAUCACAGCACAUGUUGCCUCUGAUCCCCCAGCAACAGGAUACGUGUGGCAGAAGUCUGUCAAUGACAUGCCAGAAAAUAUAACGUCCACUGACAAGUACAAUAUAACAGGAAACAUUUCAGAGGGAAACUUCAGUGUUUCCCUAACUAUUAAUGAUGUGAAGUUUACUGACCAGGCUAAUUACACACUGGUGGUAACUAAUUCUGUGGGAUCUCACACUAGUAAUGCAGUUACAUUGAAUGUUACAGGAGGUGAAUUGACUGUAACCACGGGCCCGAAUGUCACUGGUAGAGUGGGAAGAAGUGUAACCAUCAAUUGUACUGUGACAGGUCCAGAGGUUAACAAUAUACUGUGGAAAAAAGUUUCUGGAACUGACGCACCUAAAGACAUCACCAUAGAUGGUACAACAUACACAGGAGGAUCAGUAUCAACUCCAUCUCUAACAAUAGUCAGCCUGACUUCUACUGAUGCAGGAGAUUAUCAGUGUACAGCAAGCAAUCCUGGUGGAAAUUUUCCUAGUAAUAAUAAAGCCGAAGUCUCUGUAUUGUAUGGGCAGUUUAAUGAGGAUUGCACUGAAACAGUACCUUGUGAUCAUAAUUCCAGUUAUUUGAUAUGUAAUAAAGGCAAAUGUCUUUGUAACACAACGUCCUACCACAAAGACAAAGUAUGUCAUCCAAGAACCCGUCUAACUCCAUAUAUAAGCGCCAUCAACAGUUCAACAUCACAGUUCUCUGUGUUCUGGAGCCAUCCCUCUGUGGAUUUUGACCUUGUCAUCAGCUAUAGGGUCUACUGGAGGCAGAAUGGUGGUUCUACAUCUCAACAAGGAGUUGAUAGGGGGAAGAAUACCACCAUUAUCAACUCAGGCCUAAUGUCUGGUCAGCGGUACAUUGUCACUGUUUCUGCUGUUGUCAGGCUAACAGAGCCAGAGGAAACCAUUACUAUAGACUCAUAUGAGAAAGAAGUGAGAUUAGAUCCACUUCCACCUGGUUCUAUAUUACACAGUGAAAGUUCUUUUGCUCACAACAACCUCACCUUAAAGUGGACUCCUCCAUCCAAUACCUUCAUUACCAAAUAUGAAGUGAUGAUUGACAGCACAAUACAGUUUACUGCAGGUAGUAAUCCAUGGACCCAUUUUACAAAGACAUUAACUCCUGGUAAAUACUAUGUUGUCAGUAUCGUGACAAUCAGUGGUACAUCAAAUGAACCAACUGGUGAAAAGAGGAGUGCAGUACACACAGAGACAAUCAGAAUUAACCCAACAAGACCGGGUCCACCUAUUAAUGUAAAUUGUCCACAACAUCCAAAGGACAUCUCUUUAGAAAUAUCUUGGGAGCCUCCUACGAACCCUAAUGGAGAGAUUGUGAUGUAUCAGAUUCACGUAAAUCCUGGAGGUCUUACUAUCAACACACCAGACAAUGUGACAAAAUACAAUGUCAUGGGGUUAAGUGAAGAGGUAAUGUAUAAUUUCACUGUCCGGACAAUUAACGAUGCAGAGGAAGCACAAAAAGUUAGUGAUCCCAGUGAGGUUAUCAACUGUUCAACUAAGGCUGGAGUAUCUACCCCUCCAACUAAGUUAAAUAUAAGUGAAAUUGGUAGCAGAGGGUUCAAAAUUAGAUUUGAAAAACCUGUAAAUGUGAAUGGUCAGUUAGCUGGAAACAAAAUUAUUGUCUUGGAAGGAUCCAUCUGUGUGCAAGAGAUCUACCUUGUAGGACAUUGUCCGCAAUGUAAGGAGAUACAACGGCUCAAAUCAUUAAGAGAGACACCUCAAAGGAAACUUCAACAAGUGGGAGAAAAUAUUCACUCAGAUGUAGAGCAGCAGAGAGAAACUCCAAGAGAUCAAAUAACUGGUUUGAUGAGGGAGUCAGAGAUAUCCAAGAAACUAGAAAACAUUCAUAAGUAUAACCUAGAACAGAGGUACAGAGAGGAAACCCAGGAAAAGAUGAACAUUGUCAACCAACUGGUAAAGGAACGAAACCGCUACACCAAAGAGGCCAGCAAUCUAACUCAGAAUUAUACAGAGGAUAACAAAGUUCAUGGCAUGCAGAUUGUUGACUUCAAGAGGAUUUCUGGGGAUGAUACCAAUAUCAGGCAACAGGAGAAAUCAUUCAAAACUUUCAGAGAUGUCGAGAGGACAUACAAUCAGAAUAUCAUCGAGUCACGGGAUGAGAUCGCUGAGAUGAAGAGGAGGGUGAAGAUUGUGGAUCAUCAGAUUGAUCAGCAUAAGGAGCAAAUUCAAGACAAGGAGAAUGCAUUCAUCAAGGAGUACUUCGGACAUUAG